GGCAACAUGAAAAAAUGCUGGGGAGCGGGCGCCGAGGCAUCGGACAGUUGGCGCUCGUGCGUCAGCGUUGGCGGUGUGAUGUGCGGGCCAUCGCUAGCAAACCCGAUCCGUCUAAACCCAUCCAUGCUGUAUCGGUGAAGAAGAAUGUGUCGGUGCAGGAUAUGCACUCCGACCAGCUGGAUACCCGCCACCUUGUACUGCCGUCGACGAAUCCUGCGUGGCAGGUCACCACUCAAUCGCACUUUGAGGUAUAUGCGAACGUCCCUCCGGACUGGACAACUGCGUUGGAGUCGCUGCAGGUUCACUGGGACUGGCGUUUCGACAACGUGCUGCACUUGCAAUGCGCGUUGACCCACUUCAGCCGGUACUUCCCCAACACACACCAUCUAUUCCCCGCGAACCGCGCGUCCAAUCGAUCCCUCGAGUGGCUCGGGGACUCUGUGCUCAACACGUGCGUCGCGAGCUACUUGUUUCAGUCGUACCCUACUGUCCAGGAAGGGCAGUUGACGCAGCUGCGGUCGGCGUUGGUGAACAAUGUCGUGUUGAGCCAAGUGGCCAUGGACUUGGCAUUGCCUUCCGCGAUGCUCUUGGGCGACAGCAUCACGCACGCGUACGAUCACGACACUGCCCUAGCCAACACCAUGAAGCAGACGCUGCAUGCCAGCGUGGUGGAAGCCCUUGUGGGCGCGGUGUUGCUAGAUCAGGGCAUGGUUCGUGCGAUCGAGUUUGCAAACACAAGAGUGUUGCCCAAAGCGAUUCAAUAUGCCAAAACCAAACCGUGGGACCCCGUCAGCGAAAUCUACCGCCGCGCCAAUGCGCACGGCUUUACCAUUCGCUUCGAGCGGUACGUACAUGGAUCAGUGUAUGGAGGCGUGAGUUCUAGAUCGUUAGGACCAAAAUUGACAACCACAAGCACUUGAUCUCGCUCUAUCUGGACGACAAGAAAGUGCUUACCCAGCUAGGCCCGAGCUUCAAGGCGAUCACCACGCGGCUAGCGGAACGACUCAUCAAGUCGUGGUCGACGUUGGCACCAAAAAAGAAGGCCACUGACACUGCUAAGAAGCCAUAGAUAUGUAACUACGAACACGACGUCCAAGAUACAUCCGUAUCGUUAUAGAAUAAAGGGAGUCGAUAACGAAC